ACUGCUCUCUCGGUUGUCUGGGGAACAGCGUGGGUUGCUGGCCAUUGAAAACAUAAAAGAGCAGCAGCGAGUGGGAGAGGAGACACAGCCGCCUGCCCCGUGGGCUGACCCCGCUCCCCAGCGCAGCCAAGCAUCCCUACCUCGGCAAGCUCGCCCCAGCACGAAGCCGGGCUGUGACCAAUCCCUCCACUGCCCUCCAGAGAAAGAUAGGUAAAGCCAAGUGAUAAAAUUCACUGAGUAAAAGAAGGGAGACGCUUGGCAGCUUGGCACCAAUACUAAUGAAGCCAAUAGCCUUCUCUGCUUUCUCCUUUUGGCUGGCUCUCCUUUUGGCUGGCUUCCUUGGCAUACACAUCACUAGCAGUUUUGUGAGAAGUCAGAAGAACCAUACGCUAAUUUUCACCAAGGAAAACACAAUUCGCAACUGCAGCUGCUCAGCGGAUAUCCGUGACUGCGAUUACUGCCUGGCAAACCUGAUGUGCAGUUGCAAAACGGUGUUGCCUUCUACCAUGGAAAAAACGACCUACAAUAGCCACUUGACCAUUUGGUUCACAGAUAUCUCUAUGCUGGAGAUGCUCCUUAACUUCACAAUGGUGUGGGACUUGAAGCUGUCCUUCUGUGGCACCACUCCUCUCCCAACAGAAUACUUGGCCAUUUGGGGACUUCGAAAGCUCCGGGUAAAAAAGGUAAAAGAACGAUUUCCAGAGCAGAGUGUAACCAUCUACAGCAGCAGCAACAAGGCAAAAGAAGACUUACUUCCACUGCACAAUGAAGACAGGCAAAUGCUUGUAUAUAUUUCUUUUCUGGAUACCUCGCUUUUCAAUGGAUAUUCUUUGCUGAAGUCAUACAGUGUGGAAAACGUCUCUAGUAUCACAGAGCAUUUUCCCAGCCUGCUGUACUCUGAUGUCUUCUCAACCUCAGAUAACAAGAGCUAUUUUGUAACAUUCAUUUACUGAGUCAUUUAACAUAUUCAGUAAUCAGAGGCACAGCAAACUGCUACAAGAGAGAUGGGACUUCUUUAAGUCUGUUUGGUUUGGCCAGGAGGUGCUGUUAUGGCACGGACAGUUCUGACUGGGACCACACUCUAAAAGGAGGCAUUUAAAGUAAAGACAGACUCAUCAGACUAAUUCAAUAAAUGCUUUCUUA